CCUCUAGAGAAGGUUGACAAAGACCCCAGUCUAGGUAACAAAACCUUGUGCAUCUCUCGGCCAGUUAAGGACGGAGGUCAGAUUGGCUAUGCGAUCCCUUUGGAGAUGAGGAGUUUGACGUUGGUACAGAUGCUGACCAGCUGUUUCAAGGACAUUGGCUGGAUGGCAGAGAGCACCAAGGUGCAUGGAGAUGUUGGGCUUAUGGUCAUGGACACGUUCCCCCACAUGCCUUACUUCUGGGCCAUGAACCUGACUCCGGAGACCUAUGUGAAGAUGUGCCAGCUGUUCAACACGCUCUCUGUGGUCACCCAGGAGCAGCCAUUCCUCAAGGAAGAAGAGGUACAGAGGGGCCGACGCUGCAUGGCGGAAUUCCCAGGAGAGGCUGGGGAAUGGAAUAGGUGUUGGAUCGUGGAUGUCGUGGAGAGUCGGGUCAUUCUGUUUUACGUGGAUUCAGGGAGUACAGCCUGUGUCCCAGCACCAUCUGUGAAAUCUUUGGAUAAAGAUGAGUUCUGGGCCAUCCCGCCUCUCAUUCAGCCCUUUGUCCUACAGCAAG